ACCGCAGCCCGUCACUUCUUCAUUUUCACUCGAUCGCGAAGGUUGUUUGUGCGUGCGUUUUUCCCUCAGCCGAUUUCCCAGCCAAAUUUCCGUGUGUGCGCCGCGCAUUCGAUUGCAUUUGGAGCCCCGAAGACAUUGUAAAACAGCCAACAAGAUGAGGCAUCUGAUGUUCCUAAUGCUGAUGGUCCUGCCCAUCGUCAUCUGCACCUUCUCGGCGCCCAACAAGUUUGGAGCCUACGCCGCCGAGCCCGUGGAGGACGACCUGGUGGACGUGGAAGGCGAGGAGGGUGCCGUUACUGGCGAGGAUGCUGAAGCGGACGAGGAUAGCGACACGGGCAGCAGCAGUUCGCCGAAUGCGGACACCUAUCUGUUAUUCACGAAACCCCUGUACACACCUGGCCAGCAGCUGGAUCUGCCCGGCGGCAAGCCCGUGGAGUUCCUGAUUGGAUUCACCAACAAGGGAGCCGAGGAAUUCGUUAUCGAGACGGUGGAGGCCUCCUUCCGCUAUCCCAUGGACUUCAACUACUUCAUCCAGAACUUCUCGGCGGUGGCCUACAACCGUGAGGUGAAGCCCGGCUUUGAGUCGACCGUGUCGUACACCUUCCUGCCCUCGGAUCAGUUUGCCGGCCGUCCAUUUGGACUGAACAUUGCUCUGGCCUACCGCGAUGCCAAUGGCAUUCAGUACAACGAGGCCGUGUUCAACGAGACCGUUCUGAUUUCGGAGGUCGAUGAGGGUCUGGAUGGCGAGACCUUCUUCCUGUACGUCCUGCUGGCGGGCAUUGUGGUCCUGCUACUGGUCAUCGGACAGCAAUAUCUGCUCGGCAGCUCAGGCAAGAGGAAGCGUGCCGCUGCCAAGAAGGUGAUCGAAACCGGCACGGCCAACGACAGCACCAUCGACUACGAUUGGGUGCCACAGGAGACGCUGCGUGCGCUGCAGAAGUCGCCGCCCAAGUCCAAAACGCCCAAGACCUCGCCCAAGCCCACAAAGCCGGCCAGUCCCAAGGCGGCCAGCCAGCAGAGUCCCAAGCAGCGCAAGGUCAAGCGUUCCGCUGGCGAUGAUUAAGUUCAAAUCCGCUCAAGACUGCACAUAUCCCAAACACCAUCGAGAGCGGUAGCCACAACAUCGGCUGCCGAAAGAGCAGUAAUAGCAAGAUCCCACUCCCUCCCGUCAUUUUCAUCCUGUAGGGAGAAAAGCAAAAAGUUUCGUAAUUAAUUAGUUAUGUACAUCAUGUUCGAUCAUUUCUAAAGAUCAUACUAUCAUAAUUUUUUUUUCGUCUAUCGAGAUUGUUAGUCUUUAAACGAAUACCGAACCAACGUUUUCACAGAUUUGUUUUAGAAAUUUGAACUUUGAAAUGCCCAAAACUGCACUUACUCCAAACUCAACAACAACAACAAUAACAUCCACAAACAACAUAUGAAAAUGAAACCAACAAAAACUGAAACCUUGCGAACUUGUCUUCGUUUGUUGAAGACACAUUAGAGAAAGAGGAGUAGCAGCUUAGAGAAUGAGUCGAGUCGUCCAAAACUGAAAUAUCGAACUUAAAUAGAAGGCAGACCGAUCGAUCGCGUUGUAAGACAAGAAAGCCUUCCAAUUGUACGAUAUGUUUAAAUUAGUCCUACUAUUACAAUUGAUU